AUGUCUACAACUGCGAACCCAGUCACAGAGUCAACCGGGGUAGCCAGCAGCAAUGCCCCUGCUGCUGGACCUGCCGAAGGGCCAAUCACAAUUCUUGUGCAGGACCCCAAUAUUGAAGCCAACGGUGACGAUGAGUCUGAGGCGGAGACAAGAAGUAUCGUUUCCUCAUCUACUGCUUCCUUGGCCGACAGCAUUACUGAGUACCGUCGUCUCCAUGGCCGAACGUACACUCAAAAGGUAGACUACUGGGGGCCCAACGACGAAAGGCAAAAUGAGGGGCUCGAUAUCAACCAUUAUUGUAUGACCAUGUUCCUCGGCGAUAAGCUCUUCCUCUCUCCGGUUGGCAAGACUUCGCACAUGGUUCUUGACGUAGGCACCGGAACUGGUAUUUGGGCCAUCGAUUUCGCCGACGAGUUUCCAUCCGCCGAAGUGAUCGGCGUGGACGUCUCGCCGAUCCAGCCGGGUUGGGUCCCGCCGAACUGCAAGUUCCAGAUUGAUGACAUUGAACAACCAUGGACGUGGCCGGCGGACUACUUUGACUUCGUCCACAUCCGAAACCUCGAAGGCUGUGUGUCCGACUGGCAAGCGGUGUACGAACAAGCCUAUCGAUGCACCAAGCCCGGCGGUUACAUUGAGGUCAAGGAGCACGACAUCCAGAUACGCUCUCAAAUCCAGGAUCUUGGCGACAAGCAUAUCUACAAUACUUGGAUCAAAGCCUUGCUCGAUGCAAUCGCCAAGCUCGGCAAGGUGGGAUUGCAAUGCCGGGAUCAUGGUAUAGCUAAGAAUCUAGAGGCAGCCGGGUUCGUCGAUGUCGUCGAGAACAAGUGGCCGGUCCCGGUUGGACCGUGGGCCAACAACCCCCUCCUGAAGGAAGUCGGCAUCUGCUCCCUCGAGUUUAUGGAUCAGUCCCUGGAGGGAUUCGGGACCUUUCUUUUGAAAGAGGUGAUGGGAUGGGAGUAUGCCGAGAUCCUGGUCGCCGCCAGCGAAGUUCGCAAAGCGCUCAAAGACCCCAGUCUGCAGACGGUAUUCGAUUUGCAUCUUGUGUACGCGCGCAAGCCGGAAGCGGAGGCAGACAGCGAAGCAGAUACCGAGAGUUGA